AUGAUGGACGACGACCAACCUCGAACACUGUAUGUGGGGAAUUUGUCCAGGGAUGUAACAGAGCCCCUCAUUCUGCAGGUCUUCUCACAGAUAGGACCCUGCAAAAGCUGUAAAAUGAUUUUUGAUACAGCUGGAAAUGAUCCGUACUGCUUUGUGGAGUUCUAUGACCACAGGCAUGCUGCUGCCUCAUUGGCAGCCAUGAAUGGAAGGAAAAUAAUGGGUAAGGAAGUUAAAGUCAACUGGGCCACAACGCCAACAAGCCAGAAAAAAGACACAAGUAAUCACUUCCAUGUCUUCGUUGGAGACCUCAGUCCAGAAAUAACUACAGAAGACGUCAAAGCUGCCUUUGGACCGUUUGGCAGAAUAUCAGAUGCACGUGUUGUGAAAGAUAUGGCAACAGGGAAAUCUAAAGGCUAUGGCUUCGUGUCUUUCUUCAACAAAUGGGAAGCAGAGAACGCCAUUCAGCAGAUGGGGGGUCAGUGGUUAGGAGGCAGGCAAAUCCGAACUAACUGGGCCACAAGAAAGCCCCCCGCACCAAAAAGCAACUAUGAAACUGGUAACUCAAAGCACCUGUCAUUUGAUGAAGUAGUGAACCAAUCCAGCCCCAGUAACUGCACUGUGUAUUGUGGCGGCGUCAGCACGGGACUUACAGAGCAACUAAUGAGGCAGACAUUUUCUCCUUUUGGGCAAAUUAUGGAAAUCAGAGUUUUCCCAGAUAAAGGCUAUUCAUUCAUAAGGUUCAACGCCCAUGAGUCAGCAGCCCACGCCAUUGUGUCUGUGAAUGGGACUGCGUUAGAGGGCCACAUAGUCAAGUGCUACUGGGGUAAAGAGAACCCAGAAAUGAUGAACCCGGUGCAGCAAAUGCCUGUGCCUCAGAACAAGAUGAGCUUCCCUGCAGCUCAGCCUUACAACCAAUGGGGCCAGUGGUAUGGCAACGGGCCUCAAAUCAACCAGUAUGUCCCAAAUGGGUGGCAGGUUCCCACCUACAGUGUCUACGGUCAGGCCUGGAAUCAGCAGGGCUUCAAUCACUUACCGGCCAAUGCUGGAUGGACUGGCAUGAGCGCCAUCAGUAACGGUGGGGUUAUGGAGCCCACACAGGGAUUGAAUGGGAGUAUGCUAGCCAACCAGCCUGGUAUGGGAGCCGCAGGAUACCCUACACACUGA